AUGGGGACUUCGAUGGCUUUACAAAUAUUUUCAACACUUAUGAUUAUUUUUCACUUAACUGAUGUGAUUUAUGGUCGUACAGAAUGUAUGCAAGUUGUCGGGACGCUGAAAUGUCCUUCCAAUCCAAAGUUGGCUGCAAAUGUUCGACUCGACCUUAAAGAUGAGGACCUUACAUGGAUCUUCUGCUAUUCUGUUACAGCUCUUCCAUUCGAUACUGAUGAUCAGAUGGGACGAACCUGGUCUGCUAAUAAUGGCGCAUUUGUGCUUAGCGGUUGUGGCUCAGAUUUUGGUCCCUUCAAUGCUCCAGAUCCAUAUGUUACCAUUGAACAUAACUGUCCCAGUAUCCAACGACGGAAUGGUAACGAAGGGAGACGGAAAAUGCAGUUCCAGUUGACUAAAACAUUUUUACCCAAUAUUUUACGUAUUGGAAAAGUAUUUUUGGAUGACUCUGAUGCAUAG